AUGAACCCGCAACAGACGUUCCACCCCAGCAGUGGCACUUUUGCUUCUCAAGGUAUCGCGGGCCGAAUGCGAAGGAUACUUCCAAGGAGGCUUGCCACCAUCCCGGACCCUGUCCGUAAGCUUUCUCAACUUGCCACUGCGAACCCGGAUCACCAGGACUUCCACCGCACGAGUGAUAAAAUUGCGAGGUGGGAGAUCGGCCACGAGGAUCUACUCGAUGCUGCGCUUCCUGAUGAAACGUAUAUCUCGCAGACUGUUAGGAACAGUUUCUAUGGGGCUCCCAUCGACGGUCGGAUUCGCUUUGAUGUCGAUGAACCUGAACCAGCACCCCUACCGCUGCCGAUACCAAUGAAGACUAGAAGACGCGGCAGGAAGCAGAAAGAUCACCAGGAACGACGAUUAGAAAAGGUCGAUACGUCCACUCCGGCUCGCGCAAGAUUCCAGCCAACGCUGCCAGCUACACCUCGACCUGCCAAACGACGUACCUUCCAACCAAUCCCCGAAGCUCUGCUUCGGAAAAUCAUGCUCGCUAUCGUUGCAGUACGUGUUUUGACAGGUGGAACGGAAGCACGGCAUGUUGACUGGGAUCUGGUGGCGGCUUGUUUCCCUGGACAUGAUGCACCGUCCUUGGUCGAGAGGGCGCGGAAUGUGCUGAACCGAAACCGUUUGCAGAUUAUGAAGAUGCAAAACGAUUUCCAAGAUAGAUUCUUGGAGGCAUAUGCUAAUGACCAGGUUCCCGCAAUCGAUUAUACAAAUUUGGAUAGCUACGCCUGGCCAGCUUUGAUCGAAUGGGCAAACUUCCAGCUGGAAGUUUCAACAUCCGAGCGAGCACCUUCUCUCCCCGCAACCCGUAAACAAUUCGAUGACAUUUUCGCACUCCGCGAAGAGCCCGUUCCUAACGCCGAUGAGAUUUUCACAACCACGGUGGGAAUGACUCUCAAUUACAGACGUGGAGUAAUGGCCCAGACUCCAUUUGCCGUGAUGCUAGAUGGCGACGGAAAGGCCAAGCAGGACAGCCAUCGACAACAAGAGUUGAAACGGGAAGAGGUUACCAAGUCAUUUGUUCGAGCCAAUAUCGUCACGCCAGAAGAUACCUACGACCCAGCCAAGUCCAACACAAUCCUCGAGCGAUUUGGCGAGAAACGUAUUCAGUCAGCGGUGGAGUCCUUGGUGAAAAAUCGCGUUAUCGGCCAGAAUAAUCGCGGCCGUGUGGCACCGGGUCGCAAUUACGAUAUCACCGACCAUCUCCUCCAACAGCUGAACCGCAGACGUCUGAUCGAAUGUGGCAUUCUCAAACAAGCCACAACAUUCAAGACAUCGACACUUGACCCGAAGAUGCGAGACGAGGGCACCGCCGAGAUUCAAUAUAACGCCGAAGACGGCCAUAUCCUGGCUACGAUCAAUCUCUUCGCCAACGGUCAUGUCAAAAUCUUCCCCCGCGGAGCCCCGCGCGAUAAAUUCGGUCUUGUAGAUGAUGGGUAUCUCACACGGCAAAUGGACAAAACAAAACUUCGCUUUGCGGUUGAUGUCAAACCAACUGAUUCCUAUGUCUACGGCAAUCCUAUCCACGAGCGUGUUACUAGCACCAUGCCCCCAGCAUUGUCUCCGCCUGAGCCUGGCGUCCCGCAGAAGAUACCUCUUUGGAUGGAUCUCAAUGGACAUCUCGUGGAGCCGCUGUGGGAGAUGGGGCUUGCCUCUGUAUUGGGAUGCUUGGUGCUGCGGGAAGGUCUCUCGGCGAAGGGUAUUAGUAGCAUGAUCAAGCCGGCGAUGGCGCCCUGGGAGAUUGAGGCGAUGCUUGGUUGGUUGACAGAUAUCGGUGUUGUACAUGGGGAGGAAAUUGGAUUGGAGAAGAGAUGGAAAGUACAGGAGUGGUGGUGGAUGGUACUUUCAUGA